GCUCACGUUGGUCUAUUAAAAUCAUUUGAUUGUUAGGAUUGUGUUUUAUAAUGUGUUCUGUAAUAUUCGCUGCAUCGUUUGCUUUGAAUUUUGUCAUAAUAUCUUCACAAGAUCAUUCACGCCUUUAUGGUGGUGGAGAAGGAAGUAUCAACGCGAAUACCAAUAUAGCAAACAGAAAUCAGAUACCUCAAUACAACAUAACGUACAUAGACAAAGUAGAAAACCCACUGCGAGUGCCAGUUAUCAAAGAAAAUUUUGAAGAACAUAAAGUAAGACGGAAGCCUAUCAAGAAAUCACCGAAACGAACAAUCCAGAAGAUAAUAAAGAAAAAUCGCGUUAAGACCAAAAAGUUUUACAUACAUUUGAUGACACACAAACCGACGCAGUCACCAGCUAAGCCAGAAUACGACAAUGUUUACGCACAAGAAGAACAGCAGUGGAAGGAUGAUCAACCGACCACCCAGGCUAAUCAGAAGAAAAGACCAAGAAAAUGGAACCCUAAAUUCGCGAGGUAUCCCAUGCCAUUCCAAAAGAUGCAGAAAAGAGACAACUAUAGGUAUAAAAGGGAUGCAGAUAGGAAUAUGUACAUACUAAAUGACUUAGAUGAAAUUGAAUUUUUAAGUAGUGACAAGGAUUAUCAUGUUGUAAAUGCACACGUUAAAAAGUAUUGGUAACAAUGAUUAAUGGUUACUUAAUACAUUUUUGCACAAGCCAAAGUCAUGUAAUCUUUGUUGCCCAGAUUAAAAUAUUUUGACUGACUGCUAGAAUAAAAUAAAGUUUUUAAUUUACGUAAUAUUAGGUUCGAUUAUUGCUACAAUAUACGCUACAAGUGAAUUUGGUCAGCACUUUAAUGUUAAAACGUGACUAAGAAGUUGUACUUCAUUAGUAUAAAACUACUUGUAUAAGCUCUGGAAUUAAAGCACGUAAGGCCGUUGGUGCUGUGCCUGACUUCUCUCCGGUCAUCUUAGAUUGCCGUCUCACCUGACUAUGAGCGUGGAGGAACGGAAAGUGCACCUGUGUAUUGCGCACACACUUUUCCACUUUAAUAUUUCCUGCGCACCUGACUGUUAGCCGAAGUUCGACAAGAAGAAAUAUAAGUUAUAAAGGUCUGGCAUUCCUAUAUAAUCCAUAAUCAAUUACAUAUUAUACAUAUUGAUGUAUUUGUCACUUUUAGUAAUAUAAUAUUGUGUCUAUUGGAUAUAUUUAGUUUAAUGAUGGUAUAAACAAGUUUUAUAAUUUAAUGAUUUUUAUUUAAGAGUUGAUGAUAAUAUAAUAAAACCUACUACGUCAUUCUUAUUCUAUUGCAACAGCCACAUAUAAAAUCAUGCUUUUUCCUGUUUAAAACGUAGGCUGAGUUGUAAAACAAUUACUUUUCGCCAGUCAUUUAUCCCAUGUAAUACGGAGCGAGCCUAAAUUAAUUUAUCAUAAUCAUAUUAUUGGCACUUUUUCUGUUACAAAUGUGAAUUAUCCUAAUAAUAUAAAUGGGACUAUU